AUGCUUGGACUGGUAUCUUAUGAUAGUAGCGAGGAUGAGGCAGAAGUUCCAGAGGUGAAAAGCUCUUCCAAGGUAGUGGAUCAAAAUGGAGACACAAAGAUCAAGGAUACCACAAGUCUAGAUAGAGAGGAACCCAUUGCGGAGCAUAUUGAUACACCACCAUUAGAAUCAAGGCCUAUAAAUGGACCAGUCCUUGGGCCAGAGCAGCCUUCAGAAAGAGUUGGGCCUUCUAUAGAAGAACAAGAUCCGGGCCAAUCCUCACCAUAUUCUGCUUCUCGGGCCCUGAUACAGGAUCUGACACUGCCUCCUGUGCCUAAUCUUGAGCUACCUCCAUCACCACCUGGAUCACCAGACCCGAUUGCGAGUGGGAAAGCAACACAGUUUCUAGCAUUAAAGAAACAAGGCGUACACUUCAAUGAGAAGUUAUCAGCAUCAUCCUCGCUGAAAAACCCGAGUCUAUUUCUCAAACUAAGGGAGCAUACUGGCAUUGAUGAUGUGAGUCAAUAUGCAACGAGUCUUCCAUCGGAUAUAUGGGAUCACACUUCGCUCCCUGCCUGGGCAUAUAAAGAAGAGCUUUACAAGAUGCAGCAGGCUAUACGCUCCAAGAUUGAAGAAGCCAAACACGGGGACAAGAAUCGAACCAUUGAUUUCGUGUCCUCUACACGCCGCGAAUAA